ACAACCAUCCAAACCAGGUGUAACAUUUUCUUUCAUAUAUAAAUGUCUCUCGAUUUCCAAGAAAUAUAUCCGUUAGAAACUUCCAAAACUUUUAAAAAGUCCACUUUUUUCAUACUCCAAAAUCUCAUAUUUCCUCCAUCACCGGCAACAACCCACCAGAAAGCACCCGACCCGACCCGUUUUAUUGCCAUGACUUCCAGUCUAAGCCCACUAGGAACAGCUCUAACAAUAAUAUUCAUCAUCUCAUUACUAGCUUUGUUCACUCAGCUCUUAUUUCUCCUCUGGCGUCGUCGUCGUCGCCGCAAUAAUAUUCCAAUUCAUGUUCAUGAAAAUGUUCAAGAACCUUCUUCUUCAUCUUCCAAAGAGCUUCUUCUCUUUUUAUUCUGUCUUAAAACACAAGAAACGAAUGUCUCUCGGGUCGAACCCGACCCGGACCCGAACCCGAGUUCCCACGAUCUGGUGGAAAUGGAGCUUAUUGAUUUUUUGAAGCUACAUGAUAUGUAUGGACCAUCGAGAUUUCUGUUUACGAUAAACGAAGAAGAGAGAGAAGAUUUGGAAUCGGAGAAAUCGGAUGAGAAAAUGAAGAGUAUGAGCUUAAAGGAGUGUGUGAAAAUUGAUGAAGAGUCGCCGGAAAACUCGCCGGAAAACUUGCCGGAGUUGCCGGAAGUGAUGCCGGAGUUGCCGAAAAAGGAGUUAGUUGGCGAAGAGUUGCCGGAGGAGGUGGCAAUUGAUUAUGAUUCUAUGGAGAAUAAAACGACUCCGUUUUCAACUCCUUGCGAUUCGCCGUUUUACUUAACUCCGGUGGCUUCUCCGAGUUGUGAAGGGGUCGUUUAGAAGCUGAUUAGAGUUAUGCGGGUGUUAAGUAAUAUAAGGAUUAGUUAUGAAGGAAUUUAUAUACUAUUUUAUGCACGAAUUAGUUAUUUAUAUAAUAGUUAUUUCACUUUUUAUCCUGCAUAAAAUAAUAUAUAGAUUUCCUCAUAACUUAUUUAUGUAUUAGUUAUAUACGAGCUUUUAAAUUGCAAACCAAAUAUCGACUUUGCCUGUAUUGGUGUUAGUCAGCGAAGAGUUGCCGGAGGAGGUGGUUGCGGCGGCAACUAAUAAUGAUGCUAAUUCUACGGAGAGUAAAACGACGUCGUUUUACUUAACUCCAGUAGCUUCUCCAACUCGUGAAGUAAGCUUAUAAAAUGUCAUUGUUAUGCAGCGUCGGCAGGGGGAUCCAUAAUUUGAAAUUUAUAGGUUCCUACAGCAAUAUCAAAUUACUUUACAAUGAUAACUAGGUGCACAAUCGAAUAUAUAUAAUACAUAUAUAGGAUAUGAGCAAAUUACUGAGUUCCCGAAAACCCGUAGUGGAAGAGCUGGAUCGGCUGCUGAUCGCCGGCCGGCUUUGCCGAGCUGUAGUAGGAAAUCUUUUGUAUGGUUUGAUUUUGACAUUUUACCUUAUUGGUUUCUAUUUUUCCCCUUGGUUGUAUAUUUAUGUUAUUGUUGUGUCGCUAGAACUUUCUAAGAAAUUUUGAGGUGACCAGAACUAUAUAUUUUUAGUAU